AGAUUUUUUCAUCGCGUCCUGCGUUGUGCGUCUUUUACAAUCUUUUGUUCCUCGAUUUUUCACGAUUUUGUGUAAGGAAUGGCAGAAAUCAACCUCACCACACUCUCAGCGGCUCUGGACAAUGUUUCCGGCAGUGGAGUUUCGUUCGAAAACAAGGAAAAGAACUGGGGAAGCAAGGAAGAAGUUAAGGAAUUGACGGAUGCUAUCGACAAGUGCCGGAAUCUGGAAUUUCUGAAUCUGGCAGGGAACACACUUGGCGUGGAAGCGGCUCAGGAAGUGGGAAAAUCACUGAAGAAGCAUCCGGAGUUUCAGAGAGCGCUGUGGAAGGAUUCAUUCACGGGUCGACUUAAGACAGAGAUUCCAAUCGCUCUGCAGUCCAUGGGCCGAGGCAUAAUCGAUGCUGGAGCUCAUCUCACCGUGUUCGACUGCAGCGACAAUGCUCUGGGACCCAAUGGCAUGAAGGGUCUCGUGGAGUUGUUCAGCAGCGCCGCGUGUUUCUCCCUGCAGGAGUUGAAGAUCAACAAUUGCGGUCUUGGCAUUGAUGGUGGGAAGAUGUUGGCGAAGGCUCUGACUGAGUGUUUGAAGGCCAGCCUCAAGACGCCCACGCCCAUGAAGCUGAAGGUGUUUAUUGCCGGGCGGAAUCGCUUAGAGAACAAAGGAGCCGAAGCUCUGGCGGGAUUCUUUGCACAAGUGAAGACUCUGGAGGAAUUGGCAAUGCCACAGAAUGGGAUCUACCAUGAGGGCAUUACAGCUCUGUCGGCGGCUUUGAAGAAGAACCAAAAUAUGCAGGUCCUGAAUUUGAAUGACAACACAAUUGGAUCGAAGGGAGCAGAAGCACUGGCCGAUGCCAUGUGCAACAUGCACAAGCUCAGAGAGAUCAAUUUCGGAGAUUGUCUGCUGAAGACGCGCGGUGCAACGUUGCUCGGCGAGGUCUUGAGCGACCAGCAUGAGGCUCUGGAGGUUCUCACGCUGAAUGACAACGAAAUUGGCCCCAACGGCGGACUUUCCCUGGCCUUCGCCAUGGCCAACAAAGUCAACCUGCAGACGCUGCAGCUGAAUGGGAAUCACUUCGGGCGAGAAUGUCGCGAGCUGAUCGCGGAUGAGCUUAGGCGGUUCAACCUGGAGAACGCCUUGGCGCCAAUGGACGAGGAUGACUCUGAGGAGGACGACGGCGAGGGAGAGUAUGAAGAGGGCGAGGACGAGCUGGAGGAGGAGGAGGAAAUUGACACUGAGGAUAUCGAGGACGAGGACGAGUGUGCUGAUGAUGAUGACGAGACUGAUGAAGCUGUUGAGGAUGGUGGUCAGGAGGCAAAUAUGCCGAACUUGAGUAUUCUCACACCACCAACCAGAGUCCAGGCUUCUCCAGUUGAGACCUUCUGUCGCAGUGAGAAGCCCACUCUGGCCAUGUUCAAUGCCAUCGAUGGCAAGGAUCGCGUGGCCGCUUUCCAGGAAUAUCUCAAGAGUCUGCCCAGCGACUUCUACCUCGUCUACUUGGUCUUCACUAUCCUCAAGUGUUCAGACCUGAGUUUGCAGUCCAAGGAGGCGCUCGCUGUGUCAGAUGCCCUCUUUGCGGACGCUUUCCAGUACGCCCAGGACAAUUCUCAAGUGAAUUCCGUGCGGAACUUCUUCCUCAUCCAACUGUGCCUGCUGCGCUGCGAGGACAAAACCUUCCAGCCAACCUACAACACUCAGGCUUGUCGGAGUGCCCUCGAGAGCGCGAUGAAGAAGAACUUCUUCCCAUCUGAUCUUCGGGGUACUUUUGAAUGUUUCUUAGACAAGAUGAAGUUCGACUAGACGUGGACGAAAAUCUGGGCGCAA